GAAUCAAGGUAGCAACAAUGGCGACUACUCAACAGAGGGCACUGUCGACGAAGGAGGCCGACAUACAGAUGAUGUUGGCUGCCGAAGUCCACCUCGGCACCAAGAACUGCGACUUCCAGAUGGAGCGCUACGCCUUCAAGCGCCGCAAUGACGGAAUUUAUAUUAUCAACCUUGGAAAAACAUGGGAGAAACUUCAGAUGGCUGCUAGGGUUAUUGUGGCAAUUGAGAACCCACAUGACAUUAUUGUUCAGUCGGCAAGACCCUAUGGUCAGAGAGCCGUCUUAAAGUUUGCCCAAUACACUGGAGCUCAUGCGAUUGCUGGACGCCACACCCCAGGUACUUUCACUAAUCAGCUUCAGACUUCAUUCAGUGAGCCUCGUCUUCUCAUCCUCACUGAUCCAAGAACUGACCACCAGCCUAUUAAGGAAGGUGCACUUGGGAAUAUUCCAACUAUUGCUUUCUGUGACACAGACUCCCCAAUGCGAUAUGUCGACAUUGGUAUUCCUGCCAAUAACAAGGGGAAGCACAGCAUUGGUUGUCUGUUCUGGCUGUUAGCAAGGAUGGUCUUGCAGAUGCGUGGUGUCAUUGCCCAAGGGCAUAAGUGGGAUGUGAUGGUGGAUUUAUUUUUCUACAGGGAGCCUGAGGAGGCUAAAGAAGAACAAGAGGAGGAAGCACCAGUGGCCCAAGAAUAUGAGUAUUCUGCUUCAGCUAUUACUGGUAUUGCCGAUCAGUGGGUUAGUCAAAUCCCUGAUGCACAAUGGAACCCUGACAUAGCUCCACCUUCCAUUCCAGCUGUUGUUGCUGAUGCUGGUUGGACCCAGGAUGCUGCGGUGGGAGGUUCUGCUGAUGGAUGGGAUACCGUUGCAGCUCCUAUUCCUGGGCCCGAGAUUCCUGUUAUUCCUCCUCCUGCUGCAACAGGUUGGGGGGAGUAGAAAAAGGGCCCUUCUACGGGAAAAGUUGGAUGUAUUUCACUUGUCUUAAACCCAGCCUCAUCUCCAUUCUUUUCGAUUUCCUGAGCUUGGAAGGAUCAUGGAUGGUUGGAUUUCUAUAAUUUUGCGACAGUGAAUGGUGCUUUUCAACAAUGUUUAGUUUUAGAGAAUUUUGACUUUGGUAUUUAAAGCAAUUCUAUCUCUGUUACAAAUGAGAAUUUGUAUUUGAUUAAUAUGUUUUUUCUUCUCAUCUAUUUGAAUUCUUGCCAUUAAAUGGUUGCAAGAAAAAUGUGGAUGCAAUCAUCCUAAUUGGCAUUGAAAAAAAAAACACUCGGGAAUCCAUAAUUU